AUGCCCCGGGCCCCUGCGGAAGAAUGGACUCUUCCACAGAGUUGUGGAGUCAGAGCGCACAAGUUCAUCAUUCUCGACCACUUCCCUCAUCCAGGAGAAGCAUGGCAGUACAGGGAGCAGGUCCGAGACUGGGUCAGGGGGAACGUCUCACAUAGUGACAGGCAGCACUUGUUCGUGUUUGACGAGAUGGAGACGGUUUAUCCCAGUUUAGCUGAGGGACUUCUGUCAUUGCUGGAAGAAGAUACUUCAAACACUAUGUUUAUCUUCAUCUGGAGCACAGAAAAGCUACCUAUGGGCAGGUAUUUGCUACAACAGAUAAGCAAGGGCCGAUCCAGAGAGAGCAUCAGAGAAGAGGAGAUACAGGACCUCCUAAGUCAGCUUCAAGUUGACACUGACAGUUCAGAACCGUCUUCAACUAAUUUUGCAUCUACUGGCAAAACUUUUGCUGCUACUGUUAAAAAGCCUAGCAAUAUCCCAGAAGGCCAUGCUGCUGUCAAUCACGCUACCAUGGAGACUGCCACACCCUCAACUAAUGACGAUCCCUUGAAUGCCGUUGACUCAGUCUCUGGCAGAAAAGGACGCAUCUUGACCGGAGACGUUUUAGGCGGGAAAGGUCCGGAUCUAGGGCGUUACUUCAUGCCUUUUCUUCCCCUGGAGAGAGAACAUGUUCUGAAAUGUGCAGAAGUGGAACUCGCUGCAAAUGGUCAAGCAAUUGCCACGGAAACGGCACAACGAAUAGUUGCUGAGAUGCAAUUCUACCCCAGAGAAAGGCCUGUCUUCUCCAAGUAUGGCUGCAAGAGGUUGUCAAUCAGAGUGGACAUAUCCAAGGAAAAUUAAAAGAAAUCAAUGCUGCGAUGAAAUAUUUAGUUCCGAGAGUUGAACAUUCCCCGUUUCUUGACAUUUUUUUCAUUUAAGAAAUAGAUAUUCCAAUUUGCCACGUUGCAAAUUUUCUGUUCCUCGAGGGAAAACAUGUUUUUCUUCUCCAAGUAUUGCUGCAAGAGGUUGUAUGUCAGAGGGGACAUAUCCAAGGAAAAGUAAUACUGUGAUGAAAUAACUUGGGUUUCAUUGAUUUCACUUCUAUUUUCCUGACACUUUGCAUUAAAGAAAAGGACCGGAGGUUGCCAUGAACUUGGUUUUGAGAAUCAUUUACUUCAAUGUUUUGUUGCACGGCUUUCUAAAUCUAUGAUAACCAUAUUGACCAGACAGCACGCUUUAAUUUAAUGAAUAGAGA